GCAGUUUAUAUGUUUAAAAUCGUAUGUAAGUUGAAUUAUAACCCUUGUCUCAAAUAUAGAGGCACAUUCAUACUGUGGUUAUAAUUCAAAGGUUGCUCGUCUCAGCUGUCAGAGUCAGAGUUUAAACAUCUCUUUAAGUGGACAUGCAUCUGAAAGCAAAAUGUUUAAAAUACAUCGUCUAUUUUUUAUUUAUUUUCUUUUAAGUUAUAGAUAACACUGGAUGAAUAUAGUGUAGUUUUUUUUAGAUGUAAGUAUAUGUAUUUUCUUCAUAUUUAAUGUAGCAAAAAAAAAUUAUUUCUUUAUUAUUAUUAUUUACAAAGGCCCUAUAUUACCAGUAAAGGAGCAAGUGCCUUUCAUUUUUGUAUUUAUCAUUUCUAGACCAGAGUUUGCCUGCGGUAACGUGCUUAUUUUAGUUACUUUUAUUUUAAUAUUUUAAUAUAAAAAGGAAAAGUUUAUAAUAAAGUUUGCAUAAUAAUAAUGUAUUUAGUCAGGUCUAAAGUUUUGGUUUUGGAGGUUUUAGACAAAGCGACAACAACAUUUGUAAUAGAUUCAUUUAUUGUUUGAUUUUCUAUAGGCUGAUGUGAAAUUUACAAGAAUUUAUGAUUGAUCAUUAAAAUAUACGUCUAUUUUAGCCAUGCUGAGCAGUUUAGUUUACAAUAUAGCCUAUGAAUUUAGAGCAGGGGUCUCCAAACUCGGUCCUGGAGAGCUGGUUACCUGCAGAGUUUAGCUCCAACCCUAAUUAAACAAACCUGAACCAGCUAAUCAAGGUCUUACUAGGCAUGCUAGAAACUUCCAAGCAGGUGUUUUGAAGCAAGUUGGAGCUAAACUCUACAGGACAGCAGCCCUCCAGGACCGAGUGUCCUCACAUCAAAAAAGAUGUGAGGACACAUUCAUAUUGUCAUAGUUUGUUUUCUAGGCUUACAGUGGAUUUUCCAUCAGUGUCUCAGAUGUGCGGAAAUAUUAAAAAUGGCUGAAGCUGAAGAAGUCUUAAACACUAGUCAAGUGUUGUCUGUUGUUUGCCAGUCUGACAUUGUAUUUUCCCAUCCUGGAGAUGAAGUUGUCCUGUCGUGUCAUCUUAAACCAGCUAUCAGUGCUGCUUCAAUGGAAAUUCAGUGGUGGCAUAAGGAGGAUCCAGUUUUCCUUUAUAAGGAUGGACGGGUGACAGUGAACAUAGACUUUGAGGGUCGAGUGAGUCUCCCGUUGGAAAAUCUUCACAAUGGAAAUGUGUCUUUGACUCUCAGAGACGUCAGGAGAUCACAGAAGGGCCUCUAUAUUUGUGAGGUCACCAGUGAAAGUCAAUUAAUACAAGAUACUGUUUUUCUUCAUAUCAGCUCUGUAGACUUCAGUCUUGUGGCUCCUUCUGAUACGUUAUCUGCUGACCCUGGAUCAGACGUCAUCUUACCUGUUCAUCUCUCACCUGAAACCAGUGCUGUGUCUAUGGAAAUCAGAUGGUUUAAAGGGAAAGAGCUCAUAUAUCAGUAUAUGAAUGGGCAGGAGAUGACAAAUAAUGACUUUGAGAACCGAGUGAGUCUGUCCAUCCAGGAGCUGAGGAGCGGAAAUCUUGCUCUGACUUUGAGAAACGUUCAACAGUCUGAUUCAGGAGUCUAUACAUGCAAAGUUUUUCAUGAUGGAUGUCAGAAGAGAGGAGUAGUUCACUUGAAAGUGAAGGAGAUUGAGAGAGUGAACCACCUCCGCAGUGUCCUAAAGCAAGCACAUGAAGACAUUACACAACAAAGAGUAAAACUAAACGAAACCAUAAAUUUGCUUGAAGAAACACUCAGUCAUGAUGAUCGGUCAUGUAGGCAUAUAAAUAGUAUGGAAGGAAUGCCCCCAUUCAUGCAAGAUCAAAGCAAUCAGGAAAGAUGUGACAUAGAAGACGGGAGAGCAGGUUCUACAUGUAGGCCUACCAGUAAAGGUAUGGAAGGAAUUCCCCCACUCAUGGAAGGAGAGCGUAGCAGUCUAAGAACAAUUCAAGAAGAAAGUAAUGCCACUGAGCAAGAGUUAUCAUCCCCAGAUACAUCAUCACAAGUUCUGCAAAGACUAAGAAGAUCAGAAGGUGUAAGUUUAACAGAAAGAGCUACACAAACCCAGCAGAGCCCUGAAGCAACAAUGCAAAGCACUCAAGAAAGGAGACAAGAGACUGUUGCUGCAGAGCAAGAGAGAUCUUCCCCAGCUGUACAACCACAGACACAAGAAAGAGAAGAAACAUCACAAUCACAUUCAGCAGAAGGCAGGGGGCAAAGGAGACGAGAAACAAGAGAGAGAAAUUGCCAAAUUUUGUAAUUAAAUAUAUUCUUAAUUACUAGGUUUGUUGUGAUUAAGCAUUUGUAUAGAAUAGAUAUUUUAUUAGUAUGACUAAAUGACCAUAUUUGGUCACAGUCACAGUUUUUCCUGCAUUUUAGAUGUGUUAUGGAGUGAUCAGGAAUCAUUCUCAUAUUUCCAAAAUCUUAAAAUAAAGUUGAUCCAAGUGAUUUUAGCCAUGUUGCUAACUUAAAUCGUGUGCCUUUAAGAGAUUUAUAGAUAAUGUGAUAAUGAGAUAACGUGUUUCUGAUUAGUUUUGUUUGGGGUUUGGUAACAUUUUAGGAUUUAUAAAGAUUUUUGAUUUUUGCUCAGACUAUGUGCACCAGUACAAUCAUUAUAAAGUUAGGCUACUUUUCUCACUAUACUGAGUUGGUGAGAUAAUUGGAUUUUUCUUAGUAGGAACAACUAGCCUACUACCUCAAGUAUGUGAAUUUACAUGCACUGAUGCUGUAUGUAAUAGAAUCACUCACAUGAAUUGUGUCUGUGUCCGUCAGUGAUUGUCUUCAGGAUGUGUCUGGGAAACCCAUCAGCAAAAUAUUCAGCUCUCCAUGUGGCCUUACUGUCUAUAGGCUAUAGUUUAUCAAAUAUUAUAAUAUAAAAAACAAAUAUAUGUGAGCUUUCUAUAUUGAUAACGUUGGUCCACUGGGAAAUAAAUUGCUGGACUUGUACUUAAAUUAGGAUUCAGUAAAUCCUAGAGUUGUUACUGACACAGUGUUGUUUACUAAGUGAACUCAAUAUAAAACAUUCUUAUCCUAUGUGUGUCACUCUCUUAACAAUUAUAUUAUAUACCAAUUAAUUACAUUAAAGUGUGUGUG